GAACUCGUGCUGACAAUUCCGAAAAAGAACCUGAUGCAUGUUUUCGCCCUAGAAAACCAAAAGUGUCAUCACCAAGCGGGAGCAAUGGAAAGGAAGAUCCUUGGCCAAACCUUGUCAUUGAAGUUGCGUAUUCUGAAAGCGAACAGCAUGUCCUAGACAAGGUGAAAAAGUAUUGGUUAGAUAAUCUUAACCGUGUCCAUGAUGUAAUAGUCGUCAAAAUCGAUCCAGUUUCUAGUGACCAAAUUCCUAAGCGCAUGCAGGCUUGGCAUUUUUGCAUCUCGGACAAACGUUAUCGAUAUAGAGAUGUCUCACAUCGAACUUAUUUUGAAUUUGGAACCCAUGACAAAUAUGGAAAUCCAACAAAUAUUCAACAGAAUCAAUGUAUUAUCAACAUUUCACUGGAUU